AUGUCGGAAUCCGUACAUAGCAUUAAAUUGCCCGCCCCGCGCGAGGUGACUCCCCUCAUUCGUACUGCCCGUUGGAGUCUACUGGCAUUGGGAAUCGUUUAUGGUGCCAUCCGUCUAAAGUACUUGAAGUCCCGGGAAGUCAACAUACAAAAGAGGAACAAGAUUAUCAUUGAAAAACGGGCAAAAGAAUACAAAGAAUGGUUCGCCGAACAAGCCGAAAAGUCCGCUCAACAACUGGCCCGUGAAGCUGGAGUUUUACCAAAAUCCUGA